AUGCAAAUCAAAGUCAAGACGCUUACAGGCAAAGAGAUCGAAUUGGAUAUAGAAGCCGAUGAUCUGAUAGAGAAAGUGAAAGAAAGAGUAGAAGAAAAAGAAGGAAUUCCAACUAGUCAACAACGUCUGAUUUUUAGUGGUAAACAAUUGACAGAUUCAAAGACAGUUAAAGAAUCGAAUAUUGAAGGUGGUUCAGUCUUACAUUUAGUACUUGCAUUGAGAGGUGGUUCAGAUUCGAUUCGGUCAAACUAA